UCGUCCUCUCUUCCUCCAUUAAAGACUCCGCCCACUGGUCCUACCUGCCAUUUGGACCGGGUGGUGAGGUUUUUAGUUCCUAGAGUCUGGACAAUAAGUUGCCAAGUUAAACCUAAUUCCUCUCUGUUUCAAUACGAGGACUCUAAUUUAAUAUCGAAUCAUGGCGGUGAACACGGGCACCUCUCUAGUGCUGUCCAGUCUGCUGUCAGUGCUGGUAUUUGCUGGGAUGCAGAUGUUCAGUAAGCAGCUGGGAUCCACUGAGUGGCUUACCAUCCUGGGAGGUUUCCUUGGCUCAGUCCUCUUCAUCUGCUCCCUCACUGCAUUUAAUAAUCUAGAAAAUCUGAUUUUCGGGAAGGGAUUCCAAGCGAAGAUAUUCCCAGAGAUUCUGCUGUGCCUGUGUCUGGCACUGUUUGCCUCUGGUCUGGUACACCGUGUCUGUGUCACCACAUGCCUGAUAUUCUCCCUUUUCGCCCUGUACUACAUCAACAAAGUAUCUGCCGCUCUCUACCAAGCAGCUGUUCCUGCAGUAACACCAGCCAAGGCUGCCAGCAAAGGCAAAAGGAAGAACUGAUGAAUCUGUUGGAUCCCACUUGUAUCCAGUGAAUCAGUUAUUAUUACCCAGGUGCUGAUGGCCAGUGCAACACAGCAGUUGCAUAUUUUGUCAUGUGUCUUGAAUCCAUAACCCUUGGUGUAUUAUUAUGGAAAGUGACGAUUAGUUCAAUGACUACAAGUUUAAAACCAUCAUAAAGACAUGAUUGUUGUUUUUUUUUUUUUUUUUUUUUUUUUUUUUUACAAUGAUCUCGAAUUGAAUCAAGGCCAUAAAAAAAGCUGUCAACAUUCCAUUGAUAACCUUUUCCUCAGCACUGUUUUUUACACUGAUUGCAAAGAGAUUCAACCCUCCCAUCACUUUAUCUGUGUAUUCAUCAGCACAUCAAGUUGCUUUUUUUUGUUUAAUUCAUUUUGUAAUUAAACUCUUUAAAAGAC